GCCCUCGGUCUGUGGGCUUUUCGCCAUGAAUUUCUUUUUGAAUGGUUUCAAGUUCAUCUUUUGUACAAGUACCGUUGCCGUCAACUUAUUUUGGUCGACUUUGUUAAGGUCUUUUAUGACCUUAACAUAGUCGACCGGCUGCGGGUAUAUCCUUCCCAGGAAAUACGCUGGGAAUACGUCGACGGUACUCUCUACGUAUUUUUUUAUGUCCUCCUCCGUAACGUGGGGUACGCUCGCCACCGCGAAUUGAACUAUGAGCCGCUCUGGCCUUAUUAUAGCAUCCACAACUUCGGACACUGCCACCUGUUUCUUUAUGAAUGCCGCUUUAUGGGGGGUCAUUUUGAACUCAUGUUUAGGAUCGCAUGAUGGGUACCCAAUUAUACGAUCCUGAACUAUCGUGUUACGGGCAGCACCUAGAAUCCGGAACAGGAUCUCUAUAUAGGUCCCCCUGAAUCUACUGUGGUGCUGCGUCUGCGCGUAUACAAAUCGUAAGCACUCGGCGUAAUUUGGGGGUACACUGAGCUGCUGAAAUUUUCUCUGAAGGGAGUUCAAAGUCAAGGGGCAGCUCCGUGACACGGAUCAAUUUUGUUGGUUCGUCCUCCACGGCCCCUGUCAAGAACGGCCGGAUAAAUUCGGCGUCGUAUCUUUGGGGGUUGUCCUCAACCUAGCAGUAUAACAUUUGUUUCACUACGUAAACUCUGUUAAUAUCAGAUCUGUGUAACAACCCCCUUGGACACAACGACACCGCCGCUUCCAGUCGAUUCAUAAAAUCGACCCCCGUGCCUUGCACAAACUCUGCCCAGUUUCCUAUUUCCACGAGGCAAUGGUUUUGGACCAUCAUCCUAACCAGUGCCCCGAUGGAGUUCUCCACCUCAGAGUCAAUUUCGAAAAACUGUGUGGCGGGGAUGUCUUCGCCUUCAAAUUCUGAGACAAUCUCAAUACGUAAAUGCCCGGCACAUUUUUGAGCAUCUACGAAUUGUCUGAGUUGGUUCAUCGACGCUCGAGCACGGUGUCCCAGUUGAGAGUUACCUGGGUAACCCCGAGCCAGCACGUAACCAAAGAGGGACGCUUGGUCAUCAUGAGAUGGGAUUAAGUGGCUGCUGGUUGUCUCGUACGCUUGCACAUACGAGACACCAGGGAAUGCGGCCGACUUUUUUACACCGCUAAAGGUACCGUGCCACGCCAUAUGGUAUUUUUUAUAUACCACCAUACGUCCCUCAUUUUUCCCCAGCAUUUUUUUUACUUAAUUAAUGUCUAGUAGAACCGUGGAAUUCAGCAAGGCUGGGUCUACUGUUGCACCAGUAUGUAGCUGCACAAACUCAAGGCUCGUGCUUGAAAGGUUGCACGUUGUUGCCAACCUUUGUUGUUGUUGUCAAGCACUGCAUGCGGUGGAUCCUUAAUCCCGUGCUCAAAUACGUAAUAAUACGUUGCUUGAAUAUUCAAGCAUGACCUCAUAUUUUCUACUGUUCUAAAGUAGGACAAUGACAUUCUAAAGGUUUAAAAGCGGGAUCGGUUACGGUUUUCUUACAAUAAGAUACCUAUUUUUCAGUUUCAUACAAAAAAAAACACAUUUUAUUUUUUUCUGCUUAGAAUAAGCCUCAUUUUGAAAAAUUUUAUAUAACAUUUUUUAUUUCUCAUAUCAUUUUCAACCGAAGAGCAUUUUUUAAAAUAGGAUUUUUGGUAAAAAAAUGCGAAUGUCCAUUUUUUAUUCAUUUAAUUUUUAUGAUAUAUGAUAUGAUAUGAUAGAAUUAUAAUUUUUAUUUUUUUCGGUAAUUACAAAAAAAGCGUUUUAUCAUUCUCUAAUUUUAAAAGUGACAGGGCGGGACAGGCAUCUGGGCGGCGGAGGGCCCAAGCAUCUGUGCGGGGGAGGGCACAGGCAUCUAAAUGGCGGAGGGCCCAGGCAUCUGUGCGGGGGCGGGCACCGGCAUCUGGGCGGCGGAGGGCCCAGGAAUUUUAAAAUAUUUUGCCAAAGUGGCUUGCGUGCUAGGUGGCGGCGGCGGUCGCGGCGGCGGUGUCGGUGGCAGCGAUGGCGACGGCAUUAAAUCCACCAGUUUGGGGCGUUUUACCGGCAGCUCGGCGAUAUUAAAGGGAUUUUUGCUCCGAGGAGCUGGAGCUGAUGCCGUGGGCGUCAUGGGCGAUUUUUGGCUUAAUUGACGAUAAGACGCCACCAACUCAGCCAGAGCUGGAUCGUCUUCGGCCUCGACAGCCGCCGGUAAUAGUUCUGAUUCUGUGCCCUCGGUCUGUGGGCUUUUCGCCAUGAAUUUCUUUUUGAAUGGUUUCAAGUUCAUCUUUUGUACAAGUACCGUUGCCGUCAACUUAUUUUGGUCGACUUUGUUAAGGUCUUUUAUGACCUUAACAUAGUCGACCGGCUGCGGGUAUAUCCUUCCCAGGAAAUACGCUGGGAAUACGUCGACGGUACUCUCUACGUAUUUUUUUAUGUCCUCCUCCGUAACGUGGGGUACGCUCGCCACCGCGAAUUGAACUAUGAGCCGCUCUGGCCUUAUUAUAGCAUCCACAACUUCGGACACUGCCACCUGUUUCUUUAUGAAUGCCGCUUUAUGGGGGGUCAUUUUGAACUCAUGUUUAGGAUCGCAUGAUGGGUACCCAAUUAUACGAUCCUGAACUAUCGUGUUACGGGCAGCACCUAGAAUCCGGAACAGGAUCUCUACACCGUGUCCAAUAAGUUCGAAUACAGUUAUGAUCCUUAAUGAAAUAAAUGUACGCGUAGUUUAUGUUAUGAAAAUUAUAUUAAAUGAAAGCCACAUUUAUAUACAAUAUUUACAACAAAUGUUUUGGAAUUACUCCACCUUUAACUUUUUUUACAAGUUUCAAACGUUUCUCAAAAGAGUCACAAGCGGCACGCACCGCAUCCAUCGGCAUAUCGUCCCAAAUUUGCACGACAACCUUUUUAAAAUGGCUCAGGUUUGCGACUUUAUAAUUAUUUAGCUUCGAGAGCAUGUAUGACCAUACGAAAUAAUCUAGUACGUUUAAAUCUGGAGAACUUGGUGGCCAUUCAUUUUUCGGCAAAAAAUCGGUCAAAUUAGCCUUGCACCAAGCUUGAACAGCGUUUGCCGUAUGCGACGGAGCUCCGUCUUGUUGGAAAACAUAAUAAUCGUCUCCAAACAUAUUUUUUAAAUUUGGGGCAACAUUUUUCUCCAAAACCUCCGAUUUAUAGUAUGCCGCAUUGAUUUUAACGCCUUUAUCAAUAAAAACUAGAGGCAGUUUGCCCCUCUUACAAAGAGCACCCCAAACCAUCACUGAUGGUGAGCUCUGGAACCUAGGCACAUUCUUUUCAUACUCUGGAAUGUCUUCUAUCCGUGCUGCCCACAACCGGUCGUUCUGGGCGUUAUGAGGCUGCUCUAACACAAAGAGUUUCUCGUCCGAGAAAACAAAUUCGUCACCUGCGUGCCAAGAAAGUAUGGUGCUACAUCUUUCUACUCUCUUUUUCUUGGUUGCAUCUGAAAUGCCAUGUACUUUUCGUUUUUUAUAAGCAUGACAUCCAAGAUCUUUUUUCAAUAUAUUAUGUACAGAUCCCCUGGAAAUUUUCAGAUCAGCAGCUAAUUUUCUAAUAGAACGGUGUUUUUUUCCGCCGAAUUCGCUCUCUUAUAGCCUUUACCACUUUUUCAGUUCUAGCUGAGCGGGGCCGACCGGAUCUUUUCCUGUCCUCUGUAGAAGAGAUCUCUUUAUACCUUUUUAUAGUAGUAUAAACCAGAUUCCGUUUAAUUCCAUGGGGUUGUAACGCCUUGAAUAUAGCACAUGGCCUGUCGCCUUUAAGGAAUUUUCUAAUAAUUUCUUCACGAACGUACUUCAUCGUGUAUUGAAGCCAAACUAAAAAUACGUGACUUAUGAAAUUAUAGUACUAUGUUUAUGUCAAUAUACUUUUUAAAUUAAAAUAAGAAUUUUAUAGCCAGCGAUCCGUAUGUCUAUAGUGCUAAAAGUUUGUAUUCGAACUUAUUGGACACGGUGUAUAUAGGUCCCCCUGAAUCUACUGUGGUGCUGCGUCUGCGCGUAUACAAAUCGUAAGCACUCGGCGUAAUUUGGGGGUACACCGAGCUGCUGAAAUUUUCUCUAAAGGGAGUUCAAAGUCAAGGGGCAGCUCCGUGACACGGAUCAAUUUUGUUGGUUCGUCCUCCACGGCCCCUGUCAAGAACGGCCGGAUAAAUUCGGCGUCGUAUCUUUGGGGGUUGUCCUCAACCUAGCAGUAUAACAUUUGUUUCACUACGUAAACUCUGUUAAUAUCAGAUCUGUGUAACAACCCCCCUUGGACACAACGACACCGCCGCUUCCAGUCGAUUCAUAAAAUCGACCCCCGUGCCUUGCACAAACUCUGCCCAGUUUCCUAUUUCCACGAGGCAAUGGUUUUGGACCAUCAUCCUAACCAGUGCCCCGAUGGAGUUCUCCCCCUCAGAGUCAAUUUCGAAAAACUGUGUGGCGGGGAUGUCUUCGCCUUCAAAUUCUGAGACAAUCUCAAUACGUAAAUGCCCGGCACAUUUUUGAGCAUCUACGAAUUGUCUGAGUUGGUUCAUCGACGCUCGAGCACGGUGUCCCAGUUGAGAGUUACCUGGGUAACCCCGAGCCAGCACGUAACCAAAGAGGGACGCUUGGUCAUCAUGAGAUGGGAUUAAGUGGCUGCUGGUUGUCUCGUACGCUUGCACAUACGAGACACCAGGGAAUGCGGCCGACUUUUUUACACCGCUAAAGGUACCGUGCCACGCCAUAUGGUAUUUUUUAUAUACCACCAUACGUCCCUCAUUUUUCCCCAGCAUUUUUUUUACUUAAUUAAUGUCUAGUAGAACCGUGGAAUUCAGCAAGGCUGGGUCUACUGUUGCACCAGUAUGUAGCUGCACAAACUCAAGGCUCGUGCUUGAAAGGUUGCACGUUGUUGCCAACCUUUGUUGUUGUUGUCAAGCACUGCAUGCGGUGGAUCCUUAAUCCCGUGUUCAAAUACGUAAUAAUACGUUGCUUGAAUAUUCAAGCAUGACCUCAUAUUUUCUACUGUUCUAAAGUAGGACAAUGACAUUCUAAAGCUAAGUUCACAUUUGUCUGUCGUGUCGUGUUGUGAUGCUCUCUGACGUGACGGCUACUGUUCACAUUAAUAUGACGUGUUAUGAUGCAUUCUGACGCAAUUUUUUGUCAGUUCGUUCUCAGCACUCGGAUAGCUCACACGUUCACAAUGUUUUUUCAAGAAUCAUCCGAUUCAGAUUCCGAUUUUGAAGAUGAAUUGCAAUUGUUGGCGCUGGCUACGCUUCUUACAAAAGAAAAAAAGAGAAGGAGGUAUUGGAUUCAUCCUGUAAAUAGAAAAAGAGAGAGUAAAGGCGAGUUUCAUACUCUCGUUAAAGAGCUUGAAAGUGAUCCUGAAAGAUUUCAUCAGUAUUUUAGAAUGUCGAAGGCACAGUUUGAAAAAAUUCAUAGUUUGAUUGCAGAAGACAUCAAAAAAAUACAGACGAAAUUUCGCAAGCCUAUUGGUACAAAAGAAAGACUUGGAGUAUGUUUAAGAUUUUUGGCAACCGGAAACUCAUUCCGGUCAAUGGCGUUCAGCUUUCGCAUGGGUGUUUCUACAUUAAAAAUCAUAGUCGAAGAAGUAUGUACUGCAAUAUGGAAGAAUUUGUCACCUAUUGUUAUGCCCAAACCUACAGAACAAAUAUGGAAAGAGAUUGCAACUGGAUUUGAAAAAAUAUGGCAGUUCCCGAAUUGUCUUGGAGCACUGGACGGAAAGCACGUUACUAUAAUAUGCCCAAUAAAUGCCGGCUCAACUUAUUUUAACUAUAAAAAUGAGCAUUCUAUUGUGUUGCUAGCACUUGUCGACGCCCAUUACAGAUUUAUUAUGGUGGACGUAGGGGCGUAUGGGAGAAAUAGUGAUGGUGGUAUAUACCAGGAGUCAUUAAUGGGGACAAUGUUUAAAAAUAAUGAGUUGAAUGUACCACCGAAUCGACCGUUAAGACAAAAUACUGAACCUUUGCCAUACACUAUUGUGGCAGAUGCGGCAUUUCCAUUGAAGCCUUAUUUGUUAAAUCCGUACAGUAAAGUGAAAUUAGUAAACAAUGAUCCAAACAAAAUUUUUAAUUACCGUUUAUCGCGUGCUCGCCGCACAGUCGAAAAUGCAUUCGGAAUAUUACGAGCGAGAUUUAGAGUGUUUCAAGGACCUUUACAGGUACAACCGUAUAUGGCGGACAAGAUUGUACUUGCAGCUUGCUGCCUUCAUAAUGUAUUAACUCGUGACACGCAAGAAAAUGAAGAAAUAUUAACGGACGAAAUCGAUUGCAACAGUACAUGCUUCGGGAAUAUCCGCCCUACCUAUAGGAAUCCGUCCCAAGAAGCUGUCCAAGUUCGCGAAGCAUAUAAAAACUAUUUCAUGAGUGCAGAGGGACAAGUUCCAUGGCAAAUCCAAGCUAUUAGACAAGGUAGAACUCGGUAUAAUUAAAUAAAAACACGUUACUUA